AUGGUGGAUUGCUUAAGAGCUGGGAUACCUGUAAAGCGUUGUCCUGUUUGCCUUUCUUCAGGAGGAUGGGAUGCAGAUGGGAAAGGCCCCAAUGUCUGGGAUACAUUCACCCAUCAGGGAGGAGAUCGCGUUCAUAAGAACCAGACUGGAGAUGUUGCUUGUGGCAGCUACACUCUGUGGGAGGAAGAUUUGAAAUGCAUCAAACAGCUUGGAUUGACUCAUUACCGCUUCUCUCUUUCCUGGUCACGUCUGUUACCUGAUGGGACGACAGGUUUUAUCAACCAGAAAGGAAUCGACUAUUAUACCAAGCUAAUUGACAGCCUGUUGGAGAUGAGUGUCAUUCCACUGGUGACACUGUACCAUUUUGACCUGCCUCAAGCAGUAGAAGACCAAGGAGGCUGGCUUUCAGAGAAGAUUGUGGAAAUAUUUGAACAAUAUGCCCAGUUUUGUUAUACCAUUUUCGGUGACAGAGUUAAACAUUGGAUCACCAUUAAUGAGCCGUAUUAUGCCUCCAGACUAUCCUACGAAUCAGGCAUAUUUCCACCAGGGAAGAAAUUAAAGGGCAUUGGAGGUUAUAGGGCAGCACACAACAUGAUUAAAGCCCAUGCUAAAGCUUGGCAUGUAUAUAACACAUUUUUCAAAGAUAAACAACAAGGAUAUGUAUCGAUAGCUCUAGACUCUGACUGGGCAGAGCCUUUAGACCCAAAUUCUUUGGCUGAUAAAGAAGCUACAGAGCGAUAUAUGUUUUUUUUUCGCCUUCAUUGGUUUGCAAACCCAAUCUUCAUUGAUGGAGAUUAUCCAGCAAUCAUGAAAUCAAUAAUUUCUCAAAAAAGCAAGGAAGAAGGUUUGACGAGUUCUCGGCUACCUGAGUUUACAGAGGAAGAAAAAGCCAUGAUUAAAGGCACUGCUGAUUUCUUCUGUUUAAAUUAUUACACCACAAGAAACGUAAAACCUCUUGAUGUUAUGCCAAAUAAACCAAAUAGUAAUUCGGACACGGGAGCAGAAGGCAUCACAGAACCAAACUGGCCAAUAGCUGGAGCUGAGUGGCUAGCAGUAGUGCCAUGGGGCAUUCGUAGACUGUUGGCACACAUAAAGCACUCUUUUGGAAACCCGGAAAUUUUUAUAACUGAAAAUGGAUUUGCCCAGACAGAUCCUCCUGCUCUCCACGAUGUCCAUAGAUGGGGAUAUUUUCAGGAAACACUAAGGGAAAUUCUAAAAGCCAUCAAACAGGAUGGGGGGUGA